CCGCUCCGGUGAGAACAUUGGCCGACCCGGCCUCAUAAAAAGGGCUGCGGGGAAGGCGCGGGCGUUAGUGCCGGGUUAGCUGUUUGUUCGCGGGAGUGCAGGUGUUCGGUGCAGCAAGCAGGAUGACUCUUCAGGCUGACUUUGAGACUGUUGCAGAAAAUGUUAAAAAAUUAAAGUCCAAGCCCACAGAUGAUGAACUAAAGGAACUGUAUGGACUCUACAAACAGGCUACUGUAGGAGACAUCAACACUGAGUGUCCUGGGGUAUUAGAUUUGAAAGGCCGAGCCAAAUGGGAGGCCUGGAACUUGAAGAAAGGUAUGUCAAAAGAAGAUGCGAUGAAAGCUUACAUUUCUAAAGCAAAUGAAAUGAUCCAGAAAUACGGAAUGUAGAAUUCUCUCAAACACUUCACCUCCAAGUAGCUCAUGGGUACUUCAAAAACUAUGUUAUUAAUUUCAAUGUCUGGCAUAAAAUUUAACUUGUAACGAGUUCAUUGUGCACAUUAUGACAUUGUGCUUGUUUACAAUACAUUUUCUAACUUAAUACAUAA